CAGCAGCUCACCUAUGGUGGAAAUUCGGUUCUAUCUAAACGUUCUCGAGUCACUGCCUGGUUGAAAAUUGUAUGCUACCACCAAAUACGAAUACUGAAGCACUUUUUCUGAAACCACGUGCACCAUUCAAACUGGCUGCCUUCAACGUUAGCACACUUAUGCAGGUCGGACAACAGAUAGGGCUGGCUAUGUCUUUGAAGACAGGACUUACUAUGGCGUUCUCGCAGUCGUAUGGUAAUCGACACUGGGUUAUGAAUAAAUUAAAACAUACACUAAAGGGAUUCGCAAUGAAAUCGGCUAGUUCCCUUAGUAAUCUAGGAUGCAUUUCAUCGGAUCCAGUGGAUUUGCCUAUAUCAAGCUUGUUUAGCAGACCAAAGACAUCGAGUUCUUUAAUGGUCACAUAAUCAAGUUUAUGUAGGCAUCUGCACGCUCUCCAAUCAUCCGUAUAUAUUGUAGUACCGGUUGUAGCCAGUGUUACUGGUGCUUUUAUUAUCC